AUGUCCUCUCACGAAGACGACGGCCCUUCCCCCCUUACGAGAAUCGCUCAAUUAGAGUCCUUCGUAAAGCAAUUACGAAUGGCCCCUCGCCAGCGCAAAUGCGUCCUUCCUGAUCUCGAUAAGUUCAACGAUACGUCUAAACUCAACUAUACGGACCCGUCUGAAUGGCCAAUUGACUCUCUCAACUACGUAUACCGAAUACGUGCACGUCACUUAGCAGCUUGGACGCUCUUCCGGCUCUUCCGGCCCUUCCGGCCCGUCCCACGGAUUUUCUCGACCUUCGGCACUUUCGGCCCUUCUUCAAAACCGCCCUCGCACGUCAACGGGCCCUCCUUCCGGCGACCCAAUAGACCUUUCAACAGUCGAACGCGCUCAACAACUCGAGCAAUUGCAGCACGCCAACGAGCUCGGCGCUAUAAAGCUUAUCGACGCUCACGAGGCUGA